AUGAGACUUACUGGACUCAUCGCUGCUGCGGGCUUGAUCGCUCCUGCUUUCGCUGGAGGAGACAAGGGCAAGAAGCUCGUCACACCGCGAGAGCUCAUCAAUCAGGUCAAGCUCAAGGACCUACUUGCUGGCUCCCAGAAGCUGCAGGAUUUUGCGGACGCGAAUGGUGGAAACCGAGCCUUUGGAGGUGGAGGCCACAAUGCCACCGUCAACUGGCUGUACUCGGAGCUCAAAAAGACUGGUUACUACAACGUAGUCAAGCAGCCCUUUGUGGAGCUAUUCACUGCCGCCACAAUCGACUUUUCAGCUGGUGGAACUGAGUAUGAUGCAUUCUACAUGACAUACGGGCCUUCCGGAAACGUGACUGCGCCUCUAGUGCAAGUGGCGAACAUCGGUUGCGAUGCUGCAGACUAUCCUGCGGAGGUUUCUGGAAACAUUGCCCUGGUUUCGCGUGGAACUUGCCCGUUCGCUCAGAAAGCUACCUUGGCAAAAGCCGCUGGUGCCAUUGGCACAGUGAUCUAUAACAACGUUCCAGGUGCGCUUGCUGGUACCCUCGGUGGUACUGGUGAUUACGCUGCUACAGUCGGAAUUGCGCAGGAAACCGGCCAGACUUUGCUGGAUGCGCUCGCGACUGGUGAGGUCUCAGCUACCCUGAUCGUGGAUGCCAUCGCGGAAAAUCGCACCACGUACAACGUCAUUGCCGAGACUAAGACCGGUGACAAGAAUAACGUGCUCGUCCUUGGAGGUCACACCGACUCCGUUUUCGCCGGCCCCGGCAUCAACGACGAUGGCUCAGGCACAGUCGGCGUUCUCACCGUCGCCAAAGCCCUCACCAAAUACAAAAUCAAGAAUGCUGUUCGUUUUGCCUUCUGGGCCGCCGAGGAAUUCGGCCUGCUUGGUUCCUACCACUACAUGAAGACCCUCAACGGCACCAUUAGUGGCUCUGCCGCCGAAGUUGCAAAGAUCCGAGCCUACCUCAACUUCGACAUGAUCGCAUCGCCAAACUACGUCCUCGGUAUCUACGACGGAGACGGCAGCGCCUUCAACCUGACCGGUCCCACCGGGUCCGACACCAUCGAGAAGGACUUUGAAGACUUCUUCAAGAACCGAGGUGUCCCAUCCGUCCCAUCCAUCUUCAGCGGUCGCUCCGACUACGCAGCAUUCUUGCAAAACGGCGUCCCGUCCGGUGGUCUCUUCACCGGUGCCGAGGAGCUCAAGACCGAAGACGAAGCUGCUCUUUUCGGUGGCGAGGCCGGUGUCGCGCUCGACGCGAACUACCAUCAAGCCGGUGACACCAUUGACAACUUGUCCACCGAGGCAUACCUCAUCAACGCACAGUCGAUUGCAAACUCUGUUGCCAAGUAUGCUGUCAAAUUUGAGGGCAUCCCGAAGGCAAAUGUCACGCUUAGGAAGAGGGAUGCUGAGGUCUCGAGGUACAUGGCGAGGUUCGCAGAUACGCUUGCGGAGGCUCACAAGGGCCAUGUGCAUGCUGCGCCUUGUGGACAGGGGGCACUGCUUCAGUAG